AUGUCUAAUAGGGCACCUGAUAUCAUUAUAUGCGGGUUCUUCGUCCUGACCUUACUCGUAAUCCACUUCUUUUCGGAUAUAUUAAGAACAGCUUUGGGAGGGGACUAUGAAUCGCACAGAACUCUUUCUCAGCUGGUGGAUGCCCAAGCGAAAGAAUACUCAUGGAUUCUAAAACUCCUUGUUAAUUGCUUUGGUUAUAGUUGUGUUUUUGUUCCCGGUCUGCUAAUUUAUAAGUAUGUCCAGCGCACAAAUUACUUGGAAAAGAGUGAUAAAACCUAUAUACAUGCUGCUGUUAGCAUGUGUAUUAAUGGAAAUACCGGGUUCGAUGGCGAACGCGACGAACCAUUGCAAAAAAGUGGCGUGGAAUCAGUGGUGGCUGGACCUUCACCUCCACCCGCCCAAAAGGCAACUACUCCCAAGCGGACCACAUCGCAGGAAGCCAUAUUGCUGAUCUGGUGUUUUGGAGGUCUCAUGAUUUCCUAUCUAACCUGGGGUGUGUUACAGGAAAAAAUUAUGACACAGGAGUACUAUAAUUUCGAAGGCGUGAAAUCUCAUUUCAAAGAUUCACAAUUUUUAGUUUUCUCGAAUCGUCUUCUGGCCUUCAUCGUAGCCUGCAUUGUGUUGCAAUAUAAGCGACCAAUGACCCGUCACAAGGCCCCACUCUACAAGUAUUCAUUUGCAUCGUUUUCGAAUAUUAUGAGUGCCUGGUUCCAAUAUGAGGCUUUAAAAUUUGUCAAUUUCCCCACCCAAGUAUUGGCAAAAUCUUGUAAAAUAAUUCCUGUGAUGUUGAUGGGCAAAAUCCUAUCAAAAAAUAAGUACCAAUGUUAUGAAUAUUUUACGGCAGUUCUUAUAUCACUGGGUAUGGUGUUUUUUAUGAUGGGUUCCGCGAGCAGCGAUAAGUCAAAUGGUGUCACCACAAUAACAGGCAUUGUGCUGUUAGCCAUGUACAUGAUCUUUGAUAGCUUUACUGCCAAUUGGCAGGGUGACCUAUUUAAAGCGUACGCCAUGACACCACUACAGAUGAUGUGUGGAGUGAAUUUGUUCUCGACUAUUUUUACAGCUGCUUCCCUAAGUGUACAAGGUGGCUUCAUCGAUUCCCUAACAUUUGCCACGGAGCACCCGAAAUUUGUUUUUGAUAUUGUGGUACUGUCAAUAAGUUCGGCAGUAGGUCAACUAUUCAUUUUCUACACAAUAUCAGUUUUUGGACCAGUUGUGUUUACCAUAAUAAUGACGUUGCGACAGGCCACGGCUAUCUUACUUUCAUGUCUAAUUUAUCAUCAUAGCAUCUCAGUUUUGGGAAUACUCGGAGUUUUGGUUGUGUUCGUUGCCAUCUUUAUUCGCGUGUAUUGCAAUCAACGGUUAAAGCAAAUGCGGAAACGUGCUGAGGCACACAAACCGAAAAUGGCUGUUUAGUAGAGAA